GAACAAAAUGUCGGAAUGUUUUCAUUUUGAUUGUUGAGGAAAUUUUUAUGCGUUCACUGAUAUUUGCACGAACUUGAUGAAUAUAUGCAAGUAUUAAUAAUAUAAAUUAGGAUGACAUAAUGUGUGACAGCAGACAUUUACGUUCUCCAACACCGGCUGGUAUAGUAGAUCAUGUUUCGUCUUUAUCUGAAAAUCUUGGUGAAUUGGUAGAUAGUGCUGAUUACAGUGAUAUUACAUUAAUUGUUGAGGAUGACAAAUACCAGUCACAUAAAGUUAUAUUGGCUGCCAGGUCGGACUACUUCAGAGCAUUGCUCUUUGGUGGUAUGAGAGAAUCUCAGCCUGGCACUACAGAGAUUGAGUUGAAAGAUACAUCGUCUACAGCAUUCAGUGUAUUGCUAAAGUAUAUUUAUACAGGCAGGAUAAAUCUACUUGAAAUCAAGGAAGAAAAUUUAUUGGAUAUACUUGGUAUGUCACAUCGGUAUGGAUUUAUGGAACUGGCUUCUUCCAUCUCGGACUACUUGAAGGCUAUCCUGAAUAUCAACAAUGUUUGCCUGAUUUAUGACAUUGCUAAUAUGUAUUCUUUGAUGUCCUUGUGUCAAGUGUGUAAAGAAUUCAUUGACAGAAAUGCCUUAGAUAUUCUUCACGGAGAAGCAUUCCUUACUCUGUCACAGAGCUCAGUCAAGGAUUUGAUUUGUAGAGAUUCAUUUUGUUCACCAGAAAUAGAGAUAUUUAAUUCAAUCGUUCUUUGGUCAGAACAUAACACAGGGCAGGAUCCUACCCCUAUCUUAGAUGCUAUACGUUUACCACUAAUGAAUAUGCAAGAGUUGUUGAACAAAGUGAGACCUACAAAAUUAGUUUCCCCUGAUUCUAUCUUGGAUGCCAUCAAAGUUCAAACAGAAUGUAGGAACAUGGAACUGAAAUACAGAGGACUUCUGGUUGUUGAUGAGAAUGUUGCUACAACAAGAUUUGGUGCCCAAGUAAUGAAAGGUGAGAUGAAACAAGCCCUGUUAGAUGGAGAUAGCAGUAAUUAUGAUUUGGACAGAGGUUUUACCAGACAUCCAAUAGAUGAUAACUAUGAGGCAGGCGUUGUGAUUAAACUGGCACAGCCAUACAUACUUAAUACAUUUAAGUUGUUGUUAUGGGAUAGAGAUAUGAGGUCUUACUCCUAUUUUAUUGAAGUAUCAAUGGAUGACAAGGACUAUGAGAAAGUAAUUGAUCAUACCAAGUUUCUGUGUAGAUCAUGGCAAAUUCUUCAUUUCCCUCCAAGGGUUGUAAGGUAUGUACGAGUUGUAGGAACGCACAAUACUGUCAAUAGAGUGUUUCAUUUGGUUGCCUUUGAAUGUCUGUACACAAACAAGCCUUUCCAGUUAGAACAAGGAUUAAUUGUGCCAUCAGAGAAUGUUGCAACAAUAUCAGCAAGUGCCUGUGUAAUUGAGGGAGUUAGUAGAAGUAGGAAUGCUCUGAUCAAUGGAGAUAUCCGACAUUAUGACUGGGAUUCUGGAUACACAUGUCAUCAGUUAGGAAGUGGGGCUGUCAUUGUACAAUUGGCACAGCCAUAUAUUGUGGAUUCUAUGAGACUGCUGUUGUGGGACUGUGAUGACAGAAGUUAUAGUUACUAUAUAGAGGUAUCAAUCGAUCAGAAAAACUGGCACAUGGUCAUUGAUAAGAGGAAUGAGCCAUGCAAGUCUUGGCAGCACAUAACGUUUGAUAAAAGACCUGUAGCAUUUGUAAAGAUUGUUGGUACAAGUAACACUGCAAAUGAGGUUUUCCAUUGUGUUCAUUUUGAAUGUCCUGCUGAGACAAGCAUCAAUAUGUCAAACCAAGGAGGGGCAUGCUCACUUCCUGUUAAUCCAAGUGGAUCAGCCAGUAACAAUAGUAUUCAAACACCAAGUUCUGAGAACUAUAUUAGUGCAGAAUAUUCCCCACAGGAUGCCCCAGAGGCAGACCGAAUGGACACGCAUGAUUCUAGUGAUUCAGAGAGCUGACAAGGAACAAAGACACAAUCUGUUUUUAAAUGGAUGCCCAUUUUUUCAGAUGAUUAAAAAAAAGAAGAAAAACAAAAGUAGAAGCAAAUUUUUUACGUUGUAUUUAUGAUAUUGCUUUUAUGCAAAAGGUUAAGGGGUGAUCAAGCUUUUUACUACAUUCACAUGUAUUACUGCUAGUGUUUAAAAUUAUGAUCUUCAUGUAGAUUUAUUUAUAUAAACCACCCCAUAAUGGCCAUUGUACAUUUGAUGAGUCAUUUCAUUUUUUUGUACAUGUAAAUAGUAUUUCUGAUGUAUAUAAAUGCAUUGCUUUAAUAAGUUAUUAAUUUCAUUGAUAAAAUUUCUGAUUUUAGAAUGAAGUUUAAAUGAGAAAGUGAGUGCGAGAUACCGAGCCUGCAAAAUUAAUAUAGAAAAAAAACUGUAUAGUUUAUACCACAGAUAAUUGAUUUUUAGUUACAUGAUUUUUAUAUUCAAGGACAUGGACUUAAAAAAGUCUGAGCAAAUUGUUUCUAUUCUUUUUGAUAGCACCUCUAUAUUAAACAGAUUUUUUUUGCUGUAAGACAGUUAAAACUCCUGAUUUGAAAUGAUUUCAUGGCAUAGAGAAUUAUAUUUCACUAAAUUCCAUGCAAAUUUGAUUUUUUUUGUCUUGAGUACAAUAAAUUCUGUUUUUCAAUGAAACAUAUUCUUUACCAAAAAUUAAUAAAAGCAGAUCUGCCAAAGCUUAAAUAAAUUUAGUGUAGGCUGAAAGAAUGUGAGCAAGGUUGUGCCAAAUACUGUGGAUUAAAUUUUGUAAGUACAAAUUUUUGUGGUUUGAUAAAGAAAUGGAAUUUUUAUUUUGUUGAGAACUAAAAUUUACUUAGGGCUGUUCCAAAAUUAGUUAUAGUGGUGAAUGGGAAGCACUCAAAUUAAUUGAAUAUGGGGGGGGGGGGGGUGCAAUUUCCUCACAAUAAUCUAAGAAUAAUUGUAACAUGAAAUACAUGAAAUACAUGAAAUAUGCCUCCCACCUUCCCCCAUGCAUGUAAUUCUUGAACAGCUCCUAAUGUAUCUAAAAUGUGUACUUAUGAAACAUGGUGAAUCCAUAGUAUAAUUUUUUUUUGGUGAAAUCCAUGGUGAAGUUAUAUAAGAUUGACUGUGAUAUAUAUAACAUAAAUGAUUGUUUUCCUUAUUUGAAAAAAUCAAAAUAUCUGCAUAUUCUAGAUUCUAUAGUUGUGAUUAAAAACUAUUUCUUAAAAAGUGAUGAUGCUGUUAUACAUAUAUUUAUAAUGACAUCAGAUUACAGUAUUGUUUUGAAAACUUAAGGCUGUGAAUCUUGUCAGAGAUAGUGAAUUGUAUUAAGCUUCUGUGGUAUUUUAAUUUGGCUAAUUUUGAAAGAUUUUUUGACAAUGUGCAAUAUUAUUUCUAUUGAUGGUAUACAUGAAUAAUAAACUUAUGAUUCCAUGGUAUGAAACCAAGCAUGAAUCAGAAAGGAUACAUUUUAUCCUGUUUAUUGAUAAAAAGCUCUAUAUUUGGAAAGACAAUUGAUUCUUUAAUUUCCAGAUGUUAAGGAUUUCUGGCUGUUCAUUGUUCCAGUAAUACUGGCAAGUAGCAGCAAUAACUAUGAGUUAAAAUGAAAACAUCAACACACUGCUGUUGAAUCAAGCCUGUUGCAAGACACCUAUUUUUAUCAGUAUUCAUAUGAAGAUACAAGUGCUAUAUUUUUUUCAUUUUGUGUAUUUUUUUGUGUUGUUUAUAUAUGUAUUGAACUAGUUUAGUUUUAUACUUGUAUGUAAUGGCUAGUGAGUUUUAAGAGUCUUUCACAUUUUCCUUUUUGUAGUAAAAACGUUUAAUAUAUUAUGAAAAUCUAAGUCAAAAUAUUAAAUCGCACAUUCCAGAAUAUAUUUAUUUGGAAUAAAACAUUGCCUUGAUUUUCAACAUUGACUGUUAGAAUAACUUAAUAUUCAUUCAUAUUGUCAUUUUCAUGCAAAAUUUAUUAUAUUAGUGAAUGUGUAAUAAAUAAUUUGACAAAGCAUGUUAAUUGUGCCUUCUGAUUUUCAAUUUUUUGUCAGUGUUUUUUUUUUAAGGUUUGAUUAUAAUAUACCUUUCACUGUUUUCCCUUUUCAGUCAUUUUAACAGUUAAAGUUGUAUGGAACUUAUUAAUCAACAUGACUCCAAAAAAAAAAGUGAAAGUUUUUCAUAGUUUUUUAGUUUAUUUUUUUGUAUAUUAAACGAUUCUUAAUCUCUGUGAUACUGUGUAAAAAAUCUACUGUGUCAGAAUUUCUACAAAUAGAUAAAAUAAAUAGUCAUAUUUUGUUCAGCUUCAAGGUUGAUAGCAUCAUUUUUGUAGUCUUGUUGAUGUGUCAAUUAACAAAGCAUGAUUAGGUUGUUUUUGUGUCAAUAACAUUCACAAACGAUAUUUAAGUUCACAUCCAUUUAUAGCCUUAGUUAGUAAGGGAUUGAUUACACAAAAACAUUCUGAUCCGAACUGCUUUCUCUCUUUGUUUUGAGAAAAAUCAGUUUAUUGGAAAUUAUUGCAUGUUACAUACAAGAAUGUCUAAAUUUACUUCAUAAGAAUUAAGAAAGCAUUUCCCCAUUUUAGCCUAUAGAUUUAGUAGCCCAUGGUCAUUUUAUGUUGUUAAAAAAUUUAUUCCUCAUUUAAAUGUGUAUAAAACUAUUGUCAAUGCUCAUAAAUAUUUGGUUUAUUAAAAUUGGGUUGCAACAGUUUUUUAUAUAUUUAUUUAUUUCAAGAAUGAUUUUGUGAACAAUAAGCUUUACAAUAACUUGAAUUUGUAUAGAAUUUUAGUGCCAUGAUACAACCCUACAAACACUUUUUAUCCUGUUUACCAAGAAGAUAGUGCAUUCAAGUUUUUCUCUAACUAUGCUGGUUUCAAAAUUCCGCUGUGAAAAAUUAUAAUUUAUUAAGACAAUAAUGAGUUUAUGAUUCAAUUGAAUACAACUUAACUAACAUAACUAAUUUCUAAGGUACACACCAGCAGUGUAUUUUUGAUAGAAAUUUUAUUUUCUUGUUAAAGGAUAAAAUCUGAAUUACAAUAAAUUGUUAGACCUGUAUAUGUUAGACAUUUAGGAUGAAAUAUUCAAGGUUAAGCAAAACUCUGACUUUGUCCUAGACCUAAUGUAUGAAGGUGUUAUUUGUAAAAUACAAUUAGAAAAACCAUGGCUUGUCCUGUGGUUGUUUCUCAUAUAUUUCUGUAACCAUGAAAUUCUUCCCCAAAAUGAGUCAUAUGCUUUUCACUACUCUAGUGUAUUGACAUACUUACCUAGUCUUGCAGUUAUCAGUUUAUCUUCAUUUUAAUGUAUCUCAGACUAAUGUUGUUGAAGUAAUUCAUUGUGUUUUGAAACCAUUAUUUAUGCAAGGUGUGUUGCAUUAUAAUAAUAUUUGAACAGACUACCAUAUUUGAUUUGUUUUUUAGGUAAAAUAAUUGUUUGUGUUAAAAUGUUAAUUUUUCAUACUUAAUAAAACAUUGUUUUAUGA